AUGGUGCGCCUUCGCGAAGUGCCUCGAACGGCCACCUUUGCCUGGUCGCCGGGCCCGGGAAAGCCUCUCCUCGUCACGGGCACUCGUGCUGGCGCCGUAGACGCCGACUUCUCCGACGAGAGCAAGCUGGAGCUCUGGGACCUGACCCUCGACGACCAGCAGCAAGGCAUUGAGCUCCAGCCGGUCAUCAGCAUCACCACCGAGUCCAAGUUUUACGAUAUUGCAUGGGGACCUUCGGAUUCGGAGCACCCAAAGGGCAUCAUUGCCGGCGCCCUCGAGAAUGGCUCGUUGGAGCUGUGGGAUGCCGCCAAGCUGGAGUCGGGAGCUUCGGACGCUUCCAUCUCGCAGACAACCAAGCACAUUGGCGCCAUCAAAACCCUGCAGUUCAAUCCGCUGAAGCCCCAGAUCCUGGCUACCGCGGGUGCCAAGGGCGAGCUGUUCAUCUACGACGUUAACGAUAUCGAGAACCCUUUCCGAUUAGGGAACACGGCAGCCCGCUCCGACGACAUUGAUUGCUUGGCUUGGAAUCGCAAGGUGUCGCACAUCCUCGCCACGGGCGGCACGGGCGGCUUCGUCACGGUGUGGGAUUUGAAGACUAAGAAGGCCUCUCUGACCCUCAACAACAGUCGGAAACCCGUCAGUGCCAUCGCUUGGGACCCGAACAACUCGACCAAGCUCCUGACCGCCACCCCUGAUGACAGCACGCCCGUCAUCCUGCUAUGGGAUCUACGCAAUUCAAACGCCCCAGAAAGGACUCUACAGGGUCACGAGCAAGGUGACAACCGCACCUUGGUCUGGAAUCCUCAGACGGGAGAGCGCUACGGUGAACUGCCUGAGAUGACCAACUGGGCCUUCCAAACGCGCUUCAACCCGUCCAAUCCAAACCUCUCGGCUACCGCGAGUUUUGACGGCAAAAUCAUCAUUCAAACACUGCAGAAUACCAACCCGGAUACAUCUCAGAACUCGACAGGAAAGAACCUGGACGGCGAGGACUUCUUCAGCGCAGCUCAGACCCAGCCUCAAGGGGCUUCAUGGUCCUUGAGCAAAGCGCCAAGCUGGUUCGAAAGGCCGAUUGGCGCCUCAUUUGGCUUUGGAGGCAAAAUUGUCGUCUUCAGAUCGUCUCCUGCUCAACCUGGUCAGAAGAGAACCUCAAAAGUCGUCAUCUCCCAGUUCUCGGCCGAUUCCGACGUCUCCUCGGCUACCGAGAAAUUCCAGGAGGCUCUUGCUACCGGCAACCUGGAAGCAAUCUGCGAAGAACGGAUGCAGCAGUCCAAGACGGACGAGGAGAGGGCGGACUGGAAGGAGGAAGAGCUCGCCAAGGUCGCCAACGGCGCUCCCAAAGAGCCCGCGGACGACGCAGAGAAGGAGGAAGCCGCAAGGACAGAUGGAGAGGCUGAGGAGACGAAGAAAGGUGUAUCCGACCUCUUCGCUGGCGGCGAUGGCGAUGGCGAUGGCGACGACGACGACUUCUUGUCCAACGUUGCCGCAACCAAGGGCGCAAAGACAGACAAUCCCUUCCACCUGUUCAGCGACAGCGACACGUCUGUCGAAAAGGACAUUACGAAAGCCUUGAUGCUGGGCAGCUUUGAAAAGGCGACGGAUAUCUGUCUCGCCGAGGAGCGUAUAGCAGACGCAUUCUUGAUUGCAAACUGCGGUGGCUCAGCGCUUGUUGACAGGGUUCAGGCCGCCUAUCUGGCGCAGAAAAGAGGCAUGCCGAGCUACAUGCGCCUGCUUGGCUCCGUCAUUGCCAAGAACCUUUGGGAUGUCGUCUACAAUGCAGACUUGGGUCACUGGAAGGAAACCAUGGCCGUUCUCUGCACCUUUUCCGACCCCGUCGAGUUCCCGGAUCUCUGCGAGGCCCUGGGGGACCGCAUCGGCGAGGAGGGCCAGAGGAAAGACGCGUCUUUCUGCUAUCUCGUCGGCUCGAAGCUUGAAAAGGUCAUCAACAUAUGGGUGGCCGAGCUUGAAGAGGCAGAGCAAGCGGGCAUGAAGGAGCCGUCGGAGGACUCGACCUUUUCGGUGCACGCGAGAUCGCUGCAGAACUUCAUCGAGAAGGUAACCAUCUUCCGACACGUCACCAAGUUCCAGGACACGGAGAAGAGCCAGGAAUCGGGCUGGAAGCUGGCGACGUUGUACGACAAGUACACGGAAUACGCCGACAUUCUUGCCGGGCAUGGGCAGCUGGAAGUGGCUCAGAAGUAUCUCGAGCUCUUGCCAUCCAGCUACCCUGCUGCUGAGACAGCCAAAAGCCGCGUCCGGAUGGCCACGCAAAAGCCAGCUGCUCAAGCACCCGCCGCACGACAGCCGGCAACAUCGAACCCGGCGGCGUCUAGGGCCCAGACAUCGUUUGGCUACCAGCCCGCUCAGCCACCACCUGUUGCUUCUCCUGCGAACCCCUACGCGGCCCCGAACCCGCAACAUCCACCUGCUCCCCAGGCGCAGCAAUAUAUGCCGCCCCAGAACCCGUAUCAGCCCCAAGGGGGCUUUCAACCGCCGGUUCAACCUGGGUAUAUGGGCGGCAUGGUUCCACCACCACCAAUGAUGGGCGGGCCUCCGAGGAACACAACGCCAUCCCAGCCGCCGCCGUCUCAGGCAAGGAAGAUGGAAAACUGGAAUGACGUCCCGCUCGUGACCAAAGCCGUGCCUCGGCGAUCCACACCGAGCGCCGCGCCCAUCACUUCCCCUUUCCCUGGGCCUGCUCCACCGCGCGUCCAGUCACCGCUGGCCGGACCGCCUCAGUCCUUCCAAGCACCACCGCCACGGCCGUCAUCUACUGCUGCCAGCCAGUAUGCGCCGCCUCCCCCUCAGGCCGGUGCAGCAGGGCCGCAGAUGUCUCAGGCGGCUCAAGCGGCUCAAAGGACAGCUUCGCCGUACAACGCGCCGCCACCCGGAGCCCCGGCCUCCAACAGAUAUGCGCCUGCGCCGUCUCCGCAGCAGCAGCCCGGCCAGCCCGGCAUCACCUCUUUGCCUCCUCCGCCAGGGCCAGCCAGCCGACUGCCUCCCGCCAAUCCGUACGGGGCGCCGCCCCCGCAGGCUGCUCCCCAGGGCCAGUACGCCCCGUCUCCCUACGCUGCGCCGCCCAACCAACCCGCAGGGCCACCUCAAGGCCCGCCGCCGGCUGGCCCGCCGCCCAUGGGCGGAGGUCCAAUGCCCACGCCUCCGCCUCCCAAAGCCGCCGCACCACCCCCCAAGGCGAAGCACCCGCCCGGUGACCGGUCACACAUACCUGCGAACGCUCAGCGAAUGGUGGACAUACUCAGCCAAGACAUGCAGCGAGUCGCGUUUAAGGCUGCUGCUACGUUCGCCCCUCAAGUGAAGGAUUCGCAGAAGCGGUUGAACAUCCUGUUCGACCACUUAAACAAUGAGGAGCUCGUGCAACCAGCUACCAUUGAUCAGCUCUCGCAAUUGGCCGAAGCGAUCCAGUCAAGGGACUAUACUACUGCCCAGAAGCUCCAGGUGGACAUCCAGCGCGACAAGACAGAGGAGUGCGGUAACUGGAUGGUUGGAGUGAAGCGGCUGAUAAGCAUGAGUAAGGCGACUCCAUAG